AUGUCGAGUGUGGCGAAGAAAGAUAAGCCGACGAUGUCAGUGACUGCGCUGAUGCAGUGGGCACGGCCGGGAGCCCCGGGCCCCCCGGCGACACCAACGCCUGCCCCCAUGCUACAGUCGCCGUGCACGCCAACGAACGUCGAUUUCUCAAUCGACAUGCAAUGGCUGAACCUGGAGCCGGGGUUUAUGUCGCCAAUGUCACCGCCUGAGAUGAAGCCAGACACAGCAAUGUUGGAUGGCGGGAUGCGAGAUGAUGCCACAUCUCCGCCCGCGUUGAGGAGCUAUCCCCCAAAUCAUCCUUUGAGUGGAUCAAAACACCUGUGCUCAAUAUGUGGUGACAGGGCGUCAGGCAAACACUAUGGGGUGUACAGUUGCGAAGGCUGUAAAGGUUUCUUUAAAAGGACAGUACGGAAAGACUUGACAUACGCGUGUCGAGAAGAGAGGAAUUGUAUCAUAGACAAGCGGCAAAGGAAUCGGUGCCAGUUUUGUAGAUACCAAAAAUGUCUGGCGUGCGGGAUGAAGAGAGAGGCCGUGCAAGAAGAGAGACAGAGAGCCGCAAGAGGGGCAGAGGAUGCACAUCCAAGUAGUUCUGUACAGGAGCUAUCGAUCGAAAGGUUAUUGGAGAUGGAGUCUCUGGUGGCUGACCCCAGUGAAGAGUUCCAGUUCCUUCGAGUGGGUCCCGAAACUAACGUUCCGCCUCGAUAUAGGGCUCCCGUUUCCAGUUUAUGUCAGAUAGGUAACAAGCAAAUAGCGGCUUUAGUAGUGUGGGCACGUGACAUCCCUCACUUCAGCCAACUAGAGAUGGAAGACCAGGUGCUGCUGAUUAAGUCUUCCUGGAACGAGCUGCUGCUCUUCGCGAUCGCAUGGCGGUCUAUUGAGUACCUGGAGGAUGAGAGGGAGAACAUGGAUGGGACGAGAACUGCCUCUCCGCCGCAACUUAUGUGUCUCAUGCCGGGCAUGACGUUACACCGUAAUUCGGCACUCCAAGCGGGCGUGGGUCAAAUCUUUGACCGUGUGCUGUCGGAACUGUCUCUGAAGAUGCGCGCUUUACGCAUGGACCAAGCAGAGUACGUCGCACUUAAAGCCAUCGUCUUGUUAAAUCCAGAUGUAAAAGGACUGAAAAAUCGCCAAGAAGUCGACUUACUACGAGAAAAGAUAUUCUCUUGCCUGGACGAGUACUGCCGGCGGUCGCACAGCACGGAAGAGGGUAGAUUCGCAUCUCUCAUUUUGCGUCUACCCGCAUUACGCUCCAUUUCUCUAAAGAGCUUCGAACACCUGUUCUUCUUCCAUCUGGUGGCCGAAGGCAGCAUCAGCAGCUUUAUCAGGGAAGCUUUAAGGAUGCACGCACCGCCCAUAGACGCGAAUUCUAUGAUGUAG